AUGGUUCUCCUCGCCAUCGCCACCUUGGCCUUGAGUGUUUCUGCUCUUCCAGUCAACCCUCACGUUGAGAAUCUCACUGCUCGCAAGAAUGCCUACGUUGACAACGUUACCUCUCGUUCUGCUAAGAAUGCGUACGUCGACAAUGUUACUACUCGCUCGGCCAAGAAUGGCUACGUUGACAAUGUCACUGCUCGAUCCAACGUCGACGCCGACACCGUCACCGCUCGAUCCAACGCAUAUGUCGAUGACGUUUACUUUCUGCGACGCUUUACAUAG